AUAUACCUAUAUAUAUAUAGGUAUAUGUAUAAAUGUGUCCGCGCGCGACGUGGAAGGGGAAUUUGAAAAGAAAAGAGAGGAAAGUAAAGGGAGAAAUUAAGAACUAGUAGUAUUAAGUGCGAUCCCGCGCGGACGAACUGAAUUGAUGCUAAAUAUUUUUGCAUCGUCGCUGCUGCGUGUGAGCGUGUGGGUCAAAUACACGUUGCUACUGGAUCCUGGGAAUCCACGAGAGUAGGUAGUACCGCGGAUCGAAUUGGGUCUGAGGAGCCGUCAGUGGCGAGCGCGAGUCCUUCUGGUCCUGGUUCCCCUCCGCCGGUGCCCGGUCUCGUGGAUCCGCGUGUCCGCCGUCCAUCCAUCCAUCCGUCCGUCCGUCCGGCCGCGCUUUCGUCUCAGUAGCUCCUUCGCCUCCUCUCCGUGGUCGGCAUCCAGAGGUGGCCAGAAAGAAGUCGCUGAGGAAAAACCGAAAAGCACCUCUGGUGUUUCUUUCCCUUUCGGCUGAUCGGAGCGCGCGUUUCGUGCAUAUAGCCAUAUAGCAAUAGCAGUGUGUUUGUGAAGGCUCGCGCUCGUUCACUUUUACUUUCAUUUGUGGCGCAACAUAGUGCCGAGAGUCGUGCCCCAAAAAUAUAAUCCACUCAAUACGAAGGCAGGCGAGCGAGAAGAGGCGAGAACGGACAGCGUGUGCAACGGUUGUGUGUUGUAGUGCAGUGGAGUGCUAUUGCUAUGGCUAUGGCUUGGUGCCAUCGCGGUCCAAAUCCAAGUGCUCGCGACCACCCUGCGAAUCCACCCCAAUAGGAGUACCACCCGCAAGCUCGAAUUCCAGCUUUAUAUAUACAGCUUUUGCUUUUCAAGCACAAGCUCCAGCCUUCCCCUAUUGCCGCCGUCAGCACCUCUUCACCGUCCGCGAUACAUGGGAUUACCAAUACCAACCGCGAACAAUUCGCACGGAAUUACAUAACGGGCGGCACGCACCGACUUUUUGGCUGCCUCUUCGAAUGGGCUUGUGUGACAACGACAAACAGCAAUAUCAACAACGACACCGACAACAAAUUGCAACAAUAACAACAAAUACCGACGGCUGCAGCGACAGUUACUGCUGCGGCACUCGCACUCGAAAGUAGAAAAUACCAGAGAGAGAUUAAUGCGAUUAAUGCUUUUGCAAAUUCAAAUGAACACCUGUGAUUUUUAAACCAUAAGAAACCAUCCGCUCCGCCAUGUACUCGGACGACCAAGAAUCCCACGGUUUAUUAACUUUGCAUUACGGCAAACAUCAUGCAACGAUAGUAGACGAGAUUAAAACUUGCUUUUCAUCAGAAAACUACGCAGACAUGACCUUCAUAUGCGACGACAAAACGGCGCUAAGUGCACACAAAUUGAUCAUGGCGUCGGCGAGUCCGCUCGUCAGAUGCAUCCUGGGUGAGAGCGUCCACGCGAACGGUCCCAGCGUGGUUCUCAUUCCGGGUAUCAAGAGUGGACACCUGAGGCAUCUUCUCGACUUCCUGUACCACGGACAGACUUGUAUAAAGUCCAGCGAGUUGGAUAGCAUACAGGAACUGUUUGAGCUGCUUCAGAUUAAGUCGGAUGUUUGGGAAUCGAGUACCCGUGAGGAGGUAAAAAAACUGGGCGAGGACAGUUGGACGGCUUCGUCCGAGCCGGACACCGCGACGAUAUCGGUCAAGCGCGAAUCGGAGGAAAGUCCCGAAGACGAUGAAAAGGAAGAGGGCGAAAUCAAGGACGACGAAGAUGAGGAAGACGAGGAGGAUCCCGAGGGCGACCAGGAGAGGCUCAGCAGCUCGCCGAAUCCCGUCAACCUAUCUCUGAACACCAAGACGACGGACAACAGUACAGCGGAAAACGAAAAGGACAACAAAUCUGAUAAUUCAGAAUCUCAGAGUCCCGACAUACUGAAGAUCGGACAGUCUACGGUGAAAAUAGCUCCGAAAGUGCACGAGCUCUCUCAGUACCAUCACCAUAGGAUGAAAAGGAAAAGCAUGUACAUAGAGCCAAUAGACAUAAAGCAUCAAGAGGAAUUCCCGCAACUAAAACCGCCGAUGGGUGAUCAGAAAUUAAUAUCGCUAGUACAAAGCCCAGAUAACUACGUGGUGACACCGCACAGGAAGAGAAGACCUGGAUUCCAUAAUUCACCAGCACAGAAUCCCCCAUUCGUCCCGUUCUCGCCGUCAUACAUUGAUGAAGGAUCGCAUCAUCCUCGAUACAAAAGCUUACAACAUCCACUACUGGCUUCGCACCAUCCGCUUUCUCUCUCUGCGCCACCGUUCCUGGUUGAAAGGACACACACUCCAACCCCAGGCCAGCACGCGGACACCGGACCUGCCGACAACGUAGUUGUGAAAUAUAGACCACCUAGUGCCGAUCAAAGCAUACCCUCGGAAUCGUACCAGCACUUCGACCGUACCUGGGGCGCUUGGUCUCUGUGCCAAGCGCAAGUGAAUCCAUCGCCCAGUAACGAAGAUAACCGCGAUGUGCCACCCGCCUUUCCUGCCAACUCUAGCGAGGACACCGCCGAGAGUUCGCACUCCACCAGCAGUACCACCAAACAGGUGGGUCCUACGGGCCAAGUGAGGGAGUAUAGGUGUGAAUAUUGCGGCAAACAGUUCGGAAUGUCUUGGAACUUAAAGACCCACCUGCGUGUCCACACCGGCGAGAAGCCCUUCGCGUGUCGACUGUGUGUCGCGAUGUUCAAACAGAAAGCGCAUCUCUUGAAACACUUGUGUUCAGUGCAUAGGAACGUGAUAUCAUCAUCGAACGACGGCAGUGUCGGUCGGUUCAAUUGCUGUUUCUGUCCUCUGUCAUUCGAAUCCCUACCCGAGCUCAUCAGACAUUUGUCAGGACCCCACAACAACCUGUUACUUAGCAAAAACAUGCAUGAACUCAAAUAGUACAUUCCACUUACUGUUAAUACUCUACAAAUAAUGAUUAUUAUUAAUAUUAUUACGAUUAUUACUUUUAUCUUUUGGGCAUUUCUUGGGAUUCUAAAAUAUAUUCUAUUUUGAAGAGUCGACGGCCGUACAAAGAAAAUCCGUAGAACGAGCCCAGAUACUCUUGUGAUAUCGCGAGCCCCUAAGUGCCUAAUACUGUUACAUAAGAUGCGUAUGCAUAUUAUACAUACAUAUAAAUACACAAAUGUGUAUAUUUAUAUACAUAUGUAUAAAUCAUUUCCUGCAAUUUCCGGCGGCGCCGGGAAUCCUGGACCCUCAGGGAAUUAGUCCAGGGGUGUCGCGCCACCAAUAGAAAAUUGCGAAUGAAACCGCAGCGCCGCCCACCUCAUAGUGCUUUAGUUUAAUGACGUAACAUACAUUAUAUAUAUUUUUUUAUAUGCAAAUUAUUAAGUACUGUCUCAACCGUCGCUGUGUUCAAUUGACUCGUGUACCUAAUUGACUGCGCGUGGUGUGUAUGACAAGUGAGCAAAGAAAGAAUCAAGCAGAAAGCAAAGAAGAAGAAACAUGAACAAAAAUUUAAAAAAAAAUAUUAAGAUCAUGCUACUAAAGAAGAAGAAGAAAAAAAAACAUGUUCGUUCCGCUAUUUCGCUGAAACACGUUGAAAGAUGAAAGACGAAAAAAUAAAAGAAGAAAAA